UUAGUAUUCUCAUCUUUAUUUUUCUUUAUAGUCCCUGGAGGAUAGUAGAUGACUGCGGAGGUGCUUUCACGAUGGGAGCGAUAGGAGGUGGCAUUUUCCAAGCUAUCAAGGGGUUCAGAAAUUCCCCAGUGGGUGUAAACCACCGGCUGCGGGGAAGUUUGACAGCUAUUAAAACAAGAGCUCCACAACUGGGAGGUAGCUUUGCUGUCUGGGGAGGUCUCUUCUCCAUGAUUGACUGCAGUAUGGUCAGAAUGAGAGGGAAAGAAGAUCCGUGGAAUUCGAUCACGAGUGGAGCCCUGACUGGAGCCAUAUUAGCUGCAAGAAAUGGACCUGUUGCGAUGGUCGGAUCGGCAGCCAUGGGAGGAAUUCUCCUAGCUUUAAUUGAAGGAGCUGGCAUUCUGUUAACAAGAUUUGCCUCCACACAAUUUCCAAACGGCCCUCAGCUUUCAGAAGACCCCUCCCAGUUGCAGCCCUCUCCAUUUGGCGACUACAGACAGUACCAGUGAUUAUCCUCAUUCUCCUGGUUCACACUCUACCUGAGCUGUGAUUUCAAAUGCUGGAGGACCAAGAUGGGUAUGUCUUUACACCGGGGGUAGUCUCUUACACAAACCGUGCCAAGAGGACCUUCAGCACUUUCCAGUGUAAAGCUGCACAGGAGAACUUUUAGAAGAUGACAAAUCUAUUUAUUCAUGAUAGAUUCCAUUGCUGUAAUGUUAAUACGUGUCUGAUAGAAUACAUGGAGAUUUAAGACAAGAACCAAACGGAGUCUUGUCAUCCUUUGGACACGGACUGGAGUGAAAGUCUUUGGAGCCUUCUCUGGGAUGUGGCACUGACCAGCCGCAGCGGGUGCAGCUGGAGUUUAGCCUCUCACUCGUCGAGUUUAGGUUGCCACACAUAUUUCAGCUUAAGGAAGAGUUCAUCUACACGCAGUUUUACAUUCCCAGAGUGAAUGUUACUGGCAGAACGUGCAAGCCAGUGAAAAUUACUUCCAGCAGUAUAUAUUUCACUGCUGUUCUUUGUUUUCUACGCUUUUGCCGUGCAGCCCAAGUUCUUUGGUUAAAGCAGAAUCUGCCUUUUGUGGAUUCGUGGGCUGCAGCACCGCUGCCCUCCCCGAAACCUGCCAGGCUUUGAGCCCUUUUAGCGAGAGGUGGCAGCAAACUAAUUCUUCGCAGCAGCUGCUGCUUGCUGUGGCUUUUGCAGCAGGCGUGGAAGGGAACACCAGAAGCAGUUUUGCCUGCCAGGGCUGCGGGGAGACGUGCAGGAGCCCCGAGCAGAGCCCACAGAGUGCUGUGGGGCUGGAGGGGGAGCGCUGCACCUGCCUGCCCGCUGCCAGCACAGCCUCUGGCCUUUUCACCUCAGCUCCGGUCCUAAGCACAGCUAAACCAUCUGCUCUGUGUUUUAGAUCUUAAACUUCAGUUUUUGUUCUUCAUCUCCAGUUGUGGAGGCGUGUUCCCCCUUAAGUCAUAACAGCAUUUUCUGUUAAUACUGUGGCUUGCUGGCGGUUCCUGGUAGAAUAUCUCUAUUCAGACAGACUUGGGUAAUAUUAUCUGAGUUGCUUCAUGGCUUUUCCUCUGCCCAGGAAGGAGAUUGAUCUCUGCACUCCGUCAGGAAACUCAGACCCAUGUAGUAGGAGGAGAGGGUGAAAAUAACACAGAAGUGGUCACAGUCAUGGGUGACAAAUGGGGGCAUUAGGAUCGUACGAAGCGUGCACGCAAGCAACCAUCUCCUGUGUCCCUUCACCCUGCCAAAGUGCCAUUUUCCUGUUUCCCCCCCCCCGCCUGUCCUAGAACCGCUCCAGGACUGCCAGGGCUUGCCUCUCCAGUACUGUUCUGUUUCAUGUAGUUGCUGUUGGUGUGUAAUUUUCAAAAACCUUUAAGCACAAAAGCACUCUGUGUGUGUGUGUGUGAAGGCUCAACUCACUUUGCUGCUUACCUGGUUCCUCAGGUGUAUUUUAAAGACAGUUUUCUUGAUUUGUGUCACCCAGUCAGUGCUCUCUUGUUCUGGGUUGAGACCCCGGCUGUAGGGGGGUGGGCAAGUCUCUGGUCUUGGAGAAUCACACUUGGCUGUGGAGCCUCCCCUGCAUCCCAAUCUGGGAGUUAUUCACUGUCUCUUUUCCCCUGCUCUUUAUAGAGGAUUAGUGCACUCAGGGUUUCAAAUCUGCCCACAGCGUGAGGGUUUCGUUCUCCAGCCCAGCUCUUGUGCUGCUGAGCUGUCCCUGGGGCUCUGUGGAGAGGGGACUUGGCUGACACUGAGGCACAGCCUGGAGCCCCUGGGUGCCCUCUCCCAGUGCUCUGGCUGGGAGCAGACUGGCCAUGCUGGGAACGUGGGGAUGUGCAGGACCUGGUGGGGGUUAAUCUGCAGCAGGGGAACCUGGGGGCUCCCUCCAGGCCCUGCCCAAACAGCUCCAAAAAGGGCCAUGGGGACAACAGGGCCACAUGCCACUGGUGACCAGCAGUGGCCCAGGGGCUGGUAACAGGCUUCAGCUGCCUGAGACGAGCUUUACUCAGCUCAGCUCCUCUAAUCCCCCUUGACUGUCUGCAUGGGCUGGUCACCCUCACACACGUGAGGCUGCUCAUGGGGGGUGUCCCUUGCUGCCCCCACACCUGCUGGGCCUCUUUGCCACCUGGUCCCCACAGGGGUGGCAGCAGGUCCCAUUGCCCAGCAGCCUGGCGGCAGGCGGGGAAGGGUUUCCUGAACUCUCCUCGCAACACCCCAGAGUUUCCUGUUUUUCAGCUGUUGGGGCUGUCUCCUGACUCACUGCCCGUCCUGCCUUUGGAGGGGGACGCACUCCCAGGGUGCUCCAAGCCCUUCCCCCAGCAGCAGCCCCCACCCCAAAAAAACGAGACUGACACCACCAGCACGACACUGAACUAUUGACCUUUUUAUUUCAAUCAGCUACAGCAGCUCUACAUUCCCCUAAACCACUGUCCUUCCUUGACUACCACAGACAGCAAGGGAGCCGAGUACACUGCGGUGGCAGCAAGUCUUUUUAAAGCUUAGUAUUAAAUAUUAAAUAUUCUCUCGUUUAUGUUUACAUUACUUUGUCAAGGAAAACAAACAAACAAAAAAAGACAAUUAAAACUUAACUUACAUCAAUCUGUGCCUGUGCCCUGGGCAGCAGUGCCGGGGGCUGCAGAGCUGCCCCAGUAAGGCAGCUCUGCUGUGAGGGAUAUGCAAAAAAAUCUCUGGCCCUGGGCCUGGUAGUGCGUGACUCCGCUCGCUCCGGUGCUGAGCGCGGGCAGGGGGUGCUGGGCUGUGCUGGGAGCAGGGUACCCGCACCCCCCGCGUCCAGGAAUCGGCGUGUCUGGGGGGGUCGGACCACCCCGGUGCAGCUAAAACACUGUCUGGAGGAGGAGGCGAGGCCGUGGCACCUCCCCUCAGCCCCAGCGAUGUGCGUGGGGAAGGGGGUGAGGAUUUGGUCAACGACUUUGCUAAAGAAUUUUUCUGUUUUUUUUUUUUCCUU